GCUACCAUGUAAUGAAACAACGUAAUAUGAACGAGGAUUACAAGAUUCGCAUAGCAGCAAGCAGAAAAUACUGUACUGAUCGUGGUAGAAAAUAACAAAUCAGUAACUUCCUUUUACUUAUUUGGCGAAACGAAUUUACUUUUUACUUCGUUCCAUUCGUCCGUGCUUAGUAAAUUUCGUCGUUACUCUUACGAUUUCAAAGCAGACCCGUUAAGCUGGAAAGGUGCAUAGAGUCCUAUAAAUUAUAUAGAUUCUGUGAGUAACACAAUUUUUAAAAUACUUCAUUUCAAGUAUGAUUUAAUGAGAAAAAAUACUGUGCGGUAACUAGGUAAAACCUGACAUCCCUCUUUUUGAGCUGGUAGGCUUUGGUUGCUCCUUUCCACUUGUCCCAUCUUCCCUGUUUUCUCUCCUCCCCUUAAGAUUUGUUCUUUAUUCUGUCUUCUGCUGAUCAACUGCAUUUUGAAUUAAUUGGGUUUGUCACCUGCCAGAAAACCAUUAGGAGAACUUAGGAAGUAUUACCAACACCAUAGACUCUGAAUUGCCUGAAUUGUUUGUAUAUGGUAAAUUAAAGAGCCUGGAUAUGGAAUUUAAACAAAACCUUUUAAAUAAUUUCUGCGUUCAGAUGUUUGCGCGCUGAUUUGCACAUCCAUCAAUUUGGCCGACCAUUGCAUACUGAUUUUGCUAGAUAAAAAAAAAAGCAUAUCAAACUAAAUGACAAAAUUGAGACCCUGCAGUUCAUAUUGUAAGGAGGGACACGGAAUACACAGAUGAGCCACAUGGAAGCCAUUUUCAUAGUUCUUUUACCUUUAGAUUAUAGUCAUGUUGUCUUUUUUUUGUCAAACAGAACUUGAUACAUAACCCUGCUGAUUUUUCGUUUUGAAACCCUACGUGAUUCAUAGUCUUGAACAUUGUUAUUUUUAUACAGAUUUUUCAGAAAUAUAUAAAUUACUAUAUGUAGCAUAUAUUUUAUAGUUCGAAUUCAUUAAUGAGAGGGUCGGUUGAAACAAGAAACCAAAACACCCUCCUUUUGUAUAAGGGGGGGGGGGGUCGUAAACAGCACGAAACUUUCAGCGGGGUCACAUGGCUCCGGAGCUCCGAAACCAGAAGAAAAAUGUCUGACUUGCUCUUGGACGCGAUGACGUUCUAGCGCGUCCGCCAAUCAGAUGAAGGGUUUGGCGUUGCCGAAAAGCUCCCGCCAAUUCAGACUGACGAGCGCGAGGUGGUUUGCCUGGAUCUGAAGGGAAACACUUAGGAGCAGGCGAAAGAGAUUUGUUUAGUAAAAGUAAUAAUAUUGCUGUCGUUCGGUUACACUUUAUUGUAAAAGAUAUUGUUUCAGAGGAGAAAACAAAUGAAAUAGCACUGCUGGAAUAUUUACAAACAGGUAUUUUUGCGCUAAAGUUGCUCCUAGUAUAAAGGAAGUUUUUGAUGGUAGUGAUGCUAGCAGCGGAAGACCCGUCCUCGGAAGGGCCUUUGCCGACCAUCCCGAGGAGCAGAGGUAUGGAGUGCAAGGACAAGUCCAACACUGCUCUCAAGAAGCUUGUUCAGGCUCGCCUUCCUUUCAAACGUCUAAAUCCAGUCCCUAAGGAAAAUGGAGAACUUAAAAAGUCACGGAGCACUGUUGCCCCCCCUAACCUUAAAACUGAGGCUUCGGAUGGAGAGAAUGAGAUGGAGUGUUCCCCCUUCCCGCUACCUCGUGAAAAACCCCUGGUGAAUGGCCGGGGGCCCCUGGACAUUUUUAUGAGUCGCAGAAACUGCUCGCUGGGCAGCGCUGUAACCAUUGACCUCACUGAGGACUCAAACUCUGUGGAUGGCACAUUGCAGCCAGCUGCAUUGCUCCCUCCUGCAUCUGCACCGUCCACGCAAGAAGAUCAGCCGAAAAAAGACCCUGAGCCUGUUCAGGACUCCAGUACCAAGCCCGGCUUGGAGAGUAUUGCAGACGUAGCGUCUAAUCCACAGUCAGGCUCUGCACAGGAGGAGCACCUACUUGUCUCUGAACCUGAGGAGGAUGGAGAGGCUGAGGUGUCCAGCCAUGGAAAUGAGUCUUUACAGUCCCCAUUAUCCGUCAGCUCAGCGUCAGUGGUGGAGAGUUCACCAGAGACUGCCAAAACCACAUGCACUCCGCCUUCAGCAGGACCAAAGACCAAUGCGAACGCAAGUGAGGAAAAAGUAAAAAGACGUUCUUUAAAGGGCUCAGAGGAGCAACGCCGGCAACAGCAGGAGCAGCGCAUGGAGCGAAAUCGGCUGCGACAGGAGGCCCAGGCAGCCAAAGAGAAAAAGAGGGAGGAGGCACGCAGGCUGAAGGAGGAGCGUGAGAGAGAGAGAAAAGAGAAAAAGGAGAGAGAUGAGAAGGAAAAGAGAGAGAAAAAAGAGAGGGAGGAGAGAGAAAAGGCUGAGAAGCAGCGGGCAAAGGAGGAGCAGCGCAAAGUAAAGCAGGAAGCAAAACUUGAAGAAAAGAGGAAAAAAGAAGAGGAAAAACGGUUGAAAGAAGAGAAAGAUCGAAUAAAAGCAGAGAAAGCAGAGAUCACCCGGUUUCUACAGAAGCCCAAAACCCAGCAGGCCCCAAAGACACUGGCAGCUGCCUGUGGGAAAUUCGCUCCCUUUGAGAUCAAGGAGCACAUGUGUUUGGCGCCACUGAACCGCGUGGUCUGCGAGGAAGAGGUUCUCGAUUCAUUGGACCGGUACCUGGCUCAACCAGAUGUCACCCUGGACGGCCUGAGGGAUUUGCGGAGGCACAAGCCCCGCAGAUCGGGCCGAACCAAUCUGUGGCACUCUGAGCCUUUCAGUGUCGUUUUGAUAGAAGGCCCAAAGCCAGAUGGUGUACCAGAUCGGCAGCACUGUGGUCGCAUGAAACUCCUGCAGUUCCAUGAGAAUUAUCGGCCAGCCUACUGGGGUACAUGGAGUAAAAAGAGUUUGGUCGUCUCUCCUCGCUGUCCAUUUCGACAGGACAAAGAACUGCUGGACUAUGAGGUUGACAGUGAUGAAGAAUGGGAGGAGGAAGAGCCAGGGGAAUCCCUCUCUCACAGUGAAGGGGAUGAGGAGGAGGAGGGUGGUGAAGAUGACGACGACGACGAUGGAUUUUUCGUACCACAUGGUUAUCUGUCAGAUGGCGAGGGAGCACUGGAAGAAGAGUUUCUGCCUCUCCAGGAGGGUGGUGAUCCAGAGAAGCAGAAAGUGCGGCAGAAACUGAAGGCUCGAGAGUGGGACGAGCUGAUGUCCAAGAAAAAGUUCAAAGUGCUAGAGGCGGUGGUGACGGGCUGCACUUGGGAGAGUGAGGGGCUGGAGGCCGAUCUGCUGCAGCCCUAUGCCGUCUGCCUGCUGGAGCCACUGCCCAAAGAGGAGCCCAGCACCCCGGAGGGGCCUUCGCGGGAAGUUCUGGAUAAGCAGAUGCUCAGUGCCCUCCUCCCCCUGCUGCACGGCAACGUGAACAGCAGUAAGGUGAUCAUCACGGAGUUCCAGGAGUUCUGCCGUCAGCAGCUUCCAUCACCAACCAACAGUCCUCAAAGCGAUAAUGUCCCAAAAAGAAUUCGUCUGAAGAAGCUCAUCAAGGAGUCUGCCGUUUAUGAGAAGCGGGCCAACUACCGCCGUUGCUGCUGGUACGUGCAUGCUGAGGUGCUUGCACGCUUUGACCAGGAGGCCUUGCCCAUUCCCUGCCAGUGGACCUACGUUACCCCAGGGGCUCACAGUACGCGUGAAGAAGGUCCAGGGGUCAGUGGUGCCCCGAACACCUCUCCGACCACCCCUCAGUCUGCCUCCAACACCCCUUCCAACAAAAGAAAGAGUGCAGGCAGCAUGUCUAUCACCAAGUUCAUGAAGAAGUGUGCCAAUACGGAGCAGGGUGAAGCCAUGGAGACUGAUGGAUUCCAGGCAGACACUGAGGAUGAUGAGGAUGAGACGGACUGCAUCAUCAUCGGCAUGGAUCCUGGAUCUACAAAAGAACUCAUGGAGGUAGCGACCUCUGAACCCGCUGCUAGCGCUUUGUCCUGUCAGGCCCCCACCCCUGCCACAGCAUGAGGGUUUUACCCUAAAAAAUGUUUUGGUCAGAUCUGGGGCUACAGUCAAGGAGGCACACAUGCCAUCUACUCCAGUAUUACUCAGCUGAAAUAAUAAUAAUAAUGAUGAUAAAAUGCCCACAGCCAAACUGCCACAUUUAUACCCGAAAUGAGAACAUCUGCCCCUGACUGCCAGUGCCGGAGCAUUGGCAAGGCUGUCAGACCCCACGUGUGAAGUGGUGUGAGACCUGCUCGCUUUCAGCAGGAUGGACUGAGGGAGGCGUCCCUGACGGGAGUCUUGGUGUCUGGGUCUCCAUGCCCAGAGGAUUAGCUGCCAGCAGAUUUGCUGGUCCAGCUUUUUUAUAUAUAAAUAUAUAUAUAUAUAUAAGAAUUUGUUUUAUGUCGUUUUGUACACAGAUGUUUCCAAAAUACUUGAACUGGUUUACGUCAUUAAAAAAAAUUGAGUAAAUGUAUCUCA